GUCUAUAAAAAUCCCAUUUUUUCACUAAAGUAAAUAAGACUAAUGUCCGCAUCUUGUUACCAAAUUUUAAAUUUGUAUUUUCUACGCAACAACAGUUAUUGAAGAUCUAAUGCGAAAAACAAAAACGUCCCACACAAAAUGUACGGAAACGUAGAGAUGAAGGUGUAAAUUAGGUCAUAAAGACAACGGUUAAACAUUAUUCUCGUCUUUUCGAAUCGUAGAUUCUGCGUAAAAUGUGGACCUCCAACAAUGGUUGGUCUGCCCUGUCCAAUACCAUACUGUACACUAGCAUAGUCGCAGAAUGGAGUGCAAAAGUAUGGUGCCGUGGAGAUUAACUUCCUCUUCAGCAAUAUUAACCGUAGUGUUGAUCGUUUUCUUCUCGCCUCGAACCGUUUCUUAUCAGCAAACAUAAAAAAAAAGCAAAUACAAAAGGAGAAGGGAUGCAAAUUUUCGUUCACCAUGUAGGGUGCAUCGCAUUGCCCCGAGAGAUAAACACACUUGCAUUCUCGCUGUCGGGUCGAUUACAGUCAGGGACUACAUUUGACAAAUCAGCUGUUUUCGCUCCGGAUCGCUGUUGUUUGGGGGCUUUGGUGCAUUUAUUUCCUCUGGCCACACUACGAUGGGAUGGUGAGACGGCGCCGUGUUGUUGUGGUGCUGCAUUAUGUAAUGUGUAAAUAGGCGAACCGGUGUGCCAGUGACAGCAAACAGCGUCCAAGGACCACAACAAAUCUCUUCUCCCCGUUCCGCGACAAGCGGAAGAUGAACCACUUUCGGAACAAUCUGGCCCGGUUCCGGCUGAUCACGUUCGAUGUGACCGACACGCUGCUGGAGUACGCGGUCCGCCCGGAGCGGCACUACGCCCACGUCAUCAACGCGGUGCUGGAGCCGCGGCUCGGGCUUACGCUGCGCGAGGACCAGAUUGGCCCCGCGUUCGGGCGCUGCUUCCGGGCGAUGAAGCAACAGUACCCGAACUUCGGGGCCGAGCGCCGCCGACCGACCGGCAGCGAGGAAGGCUGGCGCUGGUGGUGGCGCACGCUGGUCGAGCGCGUGGUAGUGGACGCCGCGGCCACCGGCACCGACCGCCAUCAGGCCAUCCCGGCGCCGCUCCUGCGCGCCAUCGCGGAGCAGCUGAUCGACGACUACACGUACGACGGGCGGCGGGUCUGCUGGCGGCAGCGGCCCGGCGUGGACGAGCUGCUGGCCAAGCUGCGCCAGCCGGCCGCUCCCACCCGCACGCUCGGCAUCGUGUCCAACUUCGAUCCCCGGCUGGAGAUCAUACUGCGCAACAAUGGCAUCACACCGGGGCCGCCCGGGGUCGUCGACUUUGUGGUGACCAGCUACGAGGCGCGGGUGGAAAAACCGAACGCGGCCAUAUUCGAAGCGGCGCUGCGGCGUGCGAACCAACUGCGCCGGGCGCCGGCUGGGCAGGAGAUCCGGCCGGACGAGGCGCUGCACAUUGGCAACCUGUGCCGGGAGGACUAUGGGGGGGCGCGCAGUGCCGGCUGGUGUGCGCUGCUCGUUAACGUGCCACCGAACGCGAAGAACCGACAGCUGCUGGCGACCAUCCCGAGCGGGCACGUUUUCACCGGGCUGCCGGAGCUGCAGCGGCGGCUGGAGCAGACGGAGCCGUUGGAAUGGUGACGAGAGCGGGAGAACCGAGUAGGGAGUUGUUUUCUUCUUUUUUUUGUAAGGAUGUACAAAUUUGGAUACACAUUGUAAGAGUGACAUGAGGCUCAAAUAGGUAGAUUUUUGCUAGAAUUAUAUUGUUGUAGCAAGUAAAAGCGGCAAGAAGGACGCAACGAUGAAAACGAUAUUUUUUGGGAGGAAUGAAAUGUAAAAAGUCAAAGCCA